AUGGGUCUCCUUCAAGAGAUCACCGGUCCUGCUGCGCAGCAGUUCCAGACCCUCGGCACCGCGUCGCAAGUUGGCGUCGUUGUCUUCGGCGUCGUGCUCCUCUCUGUCGUCAUCCAUGUCGCCAACCAGCUCCUGUUCAAGAACCCCAAUGAGCCCCCCAUGGUCUUCAGCUGGUUCCCCUUCAUUGGAAACACCGUCACCUAUGGCAUGGACCCUCCCGCCUUCUUCGAGGCCAACAAGAAAAAGUAUGGUGACGUCUUCACUUUUAUUCUCCUCGGCAGCAAGACCACCGUCGCUGUCGGCCCCCAGGGCAACGACUUCAUCCUCAACGGCAAGCAGCGCGACGUCAACGCCGAGGAGAUCUACAGCGUCCUCACUACGCCCGUCUUUGGUCGCGAUGUUGUCUACGACUGCCCCAACGCCAAGCUCAUGGAGCAGAAGAAGGUUGGUGCCUGUCUUUCAUCCCUUGUCGCCCCUCGAAUAGCAGCUGACACGCUUCCCCAUUUUCAGUUCAUGAAGAUCGCCUUGACCACUGAGGCCUUCCGCUCCUACGUCCCCAUCAUCUCCCACGAGGUCCAGAACUUCUUCAAGACGAGCAAGUACUUCAAGGAACAGUCCGGCGUCGUCAACAUCCCCCCCAGAAUGGCCGAAAUCACCAUCUUCACCGCCUCCCACGCCCUUCAGGGCUCCGAGAUUCGCAACAAGUUCGACACGUCCCUCGCCGAGCUGUACCACGACCUCGACAUGGGCUUCUCCGCCAUCAACUUUGCUCUCCACUGGGCGCCCCUCCCCUGGAACCGUAAGCGUGACGCCGCCCAGAAGGCCGUUGCCCAGAUCUUCAUGGACACGAUCAAGGACCGCCGCGAGUCUGGCCGCACCGAUGGCCUCGACAUGAUCUCCCACCUCAUGCGCUCCACGUACAAGAACGGCAUCAACGUCCCCGACCAUGAAAUUGCGCACAUGAUGAUCGCUCUCCUCAUGGCCGGCCAGCACUCUUCCUCCUCCACCUCGUCCUGGAUCAUGGCGCGCCUCGCCCAGAACCCCGCCGUUAUUGACGACCUCUACAAGGAGCAGGUCGAGGCCUUUGGUGCCGACCUCCCUCCCCUCACCUACGAAGAUCUCUCCAAGUUGCCCCUCAAUCAGGCCAUCAUCAAGGAGACGCUCCGCCUCCACGCGCCCAUCCACUCCAUUUUGCGCAAGGUCAAAUCGCCCAUGCCCGUCCCCGGCACCAAGUACGUCAUCCCCACGAGCCACAACCUUCUCUCGGCUCCCGGCACCUCGGCCACCGACCCGACAUACUUCCCGAACCCCGCCAUCUGGGACCCCUACCGCUGGCUCCCCGACUCGCCCAAUGCCCCGACCUUUUCGCGCGCCGAGAGCGCCGACGAGGAGAAGAUCGACUACGGUUACGGCCUCGUCAGCAAGGGUGCCAACUCGCCCUACCUUCCCUUUGGCGCCGGCCGUCACCGCUGCAUUGGCGAGCAGUUUGCCAAUGUCCAGCUGCAGACCAUCACAGCCGAGAUUGUGCGCCUCGUCAAGUUUUCCAACGCCGACGGCAGCAGCAACAUUAACGGCACCGACUACGCCUCGCUGUUCUCGCGCCCGUUGGAGCCCGUCAACAUUCGCUACGAGAGACGGGAGAAGGCAUGA